GGCGCUCCUCUGUUUGUUUAUUACCUCUGAAUAUUUAACGACAGCGAAUAACUUGUCCGAAAAUCGUGCACUUUUUACUGGAAAACUAUCCUAAAAUGGACUAUUGAUGCCUCUUUCAAUGGGUAUAUAAUUGCCGAUCAUAUUUAGGAAUCCUGAAAACCUUGGGAAUGGAGUUUCCAUUUAACGUAAACCAUCUUUUUGGUGAAAGUAUUGCAGUUGUCGACCGAAAUUUGAGGCCGUAUCGGACACACUCCCACGGAUCUGAAGACCACUAUGCAAAUCUAGAGAAGGUUAUUGAUCAGAUGGGAAUAGCAUCUUCAAAGGCCCAAGGUUUAAACCAUGUCAUAACAACAGCACGGAGACUGCGCUUUACCGAUAACAAACUCUAUGUUGUCACAGAUUCCAAUGCAAACAGUGGUCUCGGAGCAGUGGUAGGAAUCUUGAAGACAGGCAGGAAGAAUCUAUUUGUUCUUGAUCGCCAUGGUAACCAGACUGAGAUGCAACCUAUCUGUGUCCUUGAUUUCUACGUCCAUGAAUCAUGUCAGAGGAAGGGGUAUGGCAAGAAACUAUUCACGCACAUGCUGCAGGCUGAGGAAGUGAAGCCUCAUCACCUUGCUAUAGACCGUCCAUCACACAAAUUUCUAUCAUUUCUCAUGAAGCACUACAAUCUCAGAGCUACUAUUUCUCAGGUGAAUAAUUUUGUAAUAUUUGAAGGAUUUUUCAACAACCAACCCGAGACCAGCUACUGCAGGAAAAGGGGCAUUGGUAAGCCCCCAGUGCCUCCUAACAACAGACACGCCCACCAACCUUCCCCUACCCAACCCCAUCGCAAUGCUACCUCAUCAGGCAUCUGGGGGACCAACAUGUCCCCAUCUACGGCCAGGAAGAGGGAUAAAGAGGUCCUGAGGGAUGUUAGACCACCCUCUAGAGGUUCAGUAUCAUCAAGUGGUUCCAAUGACGGUGUUGCUGGUUUAGAGCUGUCGGGCUUGGAGAUAUCAACCCGGGGUAUGGGAGCGCAUGCCAGUAGCUAUAGCAGAUACGCCCAUAACUACCCGCCCGCUGGUAGGUUAGGCAGUGGAGGGAAUAGGCGUGGUUCCUUCACCAAUUCACCAAUCACAGGCAGUCCUGUCCUAGGAUACACCGUAGGUGAGGAGAAUCGAAGGAAUUCUUUGGACAAUCCUAGAAAAGGAUUUGCAAACGGCAAUCAACCCUCUAAUACCAAAGUGAGCAGUACCCCGCCCCCAUUCGGUCACAUCGGUGCCUUCUCUUCUUACAAUAGUCAACUACAGGCCCAAACCAGAAAUGGUCAUCUUAAAGUCUCGCCAAACAGUACUCCUAUUGUGAAUAACAGACUUGAUAAUCAGGAAACUAGUACAUCAUCUAACAUGGCACCACCUUCCAAUGGCCAACAACCAGACCAGCAACCUUCCCUCAACCCCUCCGGCAACUACGUCAUAUCCUACACGCCCCCACAGAAGGUCAUGCACUCUUCAUGGAAUGUGAUGGGGAUUCCCCCUGGCGGCCAGACCAGGGGAAGCCCCCAAAAUCAGAACAAUACCCCAUACAAAGGGAGCUCUGCCUACCAGAGCCCAGGGCAGCAGGGAAGCCCUGCCAAGCAGAGUCCAGGGUAUAGAAACCAACACUGGAGCUCCCAUGGAAUAUUUUGACAAAGGCUUUGUGGAGUUGCUAUGGUAAGCAGUGUAACACACUUGUUACAAAUCAUGACAAGUAUGUUACAAAACUAUCACAUGCAUUGUGUAUAAAACAUAUAGUCUAAGAUUUCAGUGUCUAACCAGCUGUUAAUGUGUGAUAAAUAUGUACCAAACAUGUUACACAAGUAUAACGACCAUUUCACAGAUUCAAAACGUGCUCAAGACAGCUUUGACAUCAUUUUAUGCUAAAAUGUUGAGUCAAUUUCCAGGACAUCUUCAGAAUAUGUAAUGGAUCUGUAACAAAUAUGAGCAGAUGUGCUAUGAAUGUAUCCCAAACAUGUUGGCCCGAAUUCACAAAGGUGCUUUUGAAAAGACAUGGUUGAGUCCAUGGUUUAUGCAGAUUUCCUGUAUAAAUUACACUUAUUUUACCGCGUGUAUUAAAAAAUGUCCAAUGCUGAUGCUUGAUUUUGUCACAGAGUGCCAAAUUGAAUUGAUGCGUGUUGCCGUGGUUAUCCACACUAUUUAAUUCAUGAGUCCACUUAAACAGUGGACUCGUUAAUAAAAUAGCCUAUGUAACCAUGGUAACAGGCGUCAAUAUGGCGCACUGUGACAAAUGCGCGCAUCAGCAUUGGACAUUUUUUAUACACACGCCUGAUACGUGCUAAAUUAAGUUUACAUGCUUAAUUUUUUUUGGGGGUACAUACAUGUGUAUGCAUUAUGCUUGUAGAGACCAAACAAAGGAUGUAGACUACUGUAUUAAAGCCAGGGUAAUACCCAUCUGGAUGCGAAUAGAGGAAUUAUUUGAUGUGAUUCAUGUUCUAUGCAGUACUGAAUGUUAUUAGUGAAAUGUGUAUUCAAAGUCCACUUAAGUGAGAUGAGAAAUGUCUUUAUAAGCAGGUAGUCAUUAUGAGCAUGGAAUAGAUUAGGGAGAAUUUAGUGAAGGUAUUAAAAUCAAUGAUGUAGACAGGUGGCCUUUCUAUACAGGUGAUCAAGACUGUAUUCAUCUUUACAUGGUUUUAUCAAUUCAUUGUCCCUCUAAUGGGAACUGAUAAACCUGUUUCAGUACGGUAGUUGUUUUUUGUGUUGAUAUAUUACAUGAGAAAACAAACAGCAGCUUUUACUGUGCACAUUCAUUGGCUGUAUAAACACUGCGAUAUUUAUUGACAAGUCUUCUGAUACAUGUAUGUUUUCUGUAUGCUAUAAAGAACAAAUGGAUUGAAUUGCUCUGUGUGUGAUAUUCUUGAAAGGUUUAUUUUUCACAAAUAAUCUUGCAUUCCUAAUUUUAAAAGUACUACUUAACCAAAAUAAAGUUCUAGUACUUCAUGAAUGAUGUUCCAUUUGGAGAUUUAAUUUCAAAAUCUUUGAUUUAAGGUAAGAUCCACCAAAAGAAGUUGAUAUGAAGAAAUAUUGAGAAAAGUUGAACUAGCAUAACACUAAAAUAUUU